AGCCUAAGACCUACCGCUACAAUGAGACCCCAAUUUACACUACCUCCAAUGGCUGCCCAGUUCGUGCACCCUCGCUUCCCUCUUAAUCGAUCUUGCUUUGUCGACUUCGCCAUGGCUAACAGUUUCUCGCCAGGUCAUGGAUCCCCAGGCCGCUCAACGAGUUGGUCGCAACGGCCCUCUGCUCCUCCAGGACUUCCACUUGAUCGACCUCCUUUCCCACUUUGACAGAGAACGUAUUCCGGAGCGGGUGGUUCACGCCAAGGGUGCUGGCGCCUACGGCGAGUUUGAGGUUACCGACGAUAUCAGCGACAUUACGGUCAUUGACAUGCUGAAGGGCGUGGGCAAGAAGACAAAGUGCUUCACUCGUUUUUCCACCGUUGGAGGCGAGAAGGGCUCGCCCGACAGCGCUCGUGAUCCCCGUGGUUUCGCCAUCAAGUUCUACACCGAUGAGGGUAACUGGGACUGGGUCUUCAACAACACCCCUGUGUUCUUCCUUCGUGAUCCCGCCAAGUUCCCCAUCUUCAUCCACACCCAGAAGCGCAACCCUCAGACCAACCUCAAGGAUGCUACCAUGUUCUGGGACUACCUGUCCACCCACCACGAGGCCGUCCACCAAGUCAUGCACCUCUUCAGCGACCGCGGUACUCCUUACUCCUACCGCCACAUGAACGGCUACUCCGGUCACACCUACAAGUGGAUCAAGCCUGACGGUACUUUCAAUUACGUCCAGAUUCACAUGAAGACUGACCAGGGCAACAAGACCUUCAACAACGAGCAGGCCACUCAUCUGGCCGCUGAAAACCCGGAUUGGCACACUCAGGACCUGUUCGACGCCAUCCAGCGCGGCGAGAACCCCUCCUGGACUUGCUACGUCCAGGUCCUGAGCCCCGAGCAAGCUGAGAAGUUCCGUUGGAACGUCUUUGAUUUGACCAAGGUCUGGCCGCAGAGCGAAGUACCCCUGCGCCGCUUCGGCAAGUUCACCCUGAACAAGAACCCCGAGAACUACUUCGCCGAGGUUGAGCAGGCCGCUUUCUCCCCUUCGCACAUGGUCCCCGGCGUCGAGCCCUCGGCCGACCCCGUCCUCCAAUCCCGCCUCUUCUCCUACCCUGACACCCACCGCCACCGUCUGGGCGGCAACUACGAGCAAAUCCCCGUCAACUGCCCGCUCCGGGCCUUCAGCCCCUGGCAGCGCGACGGCUACAUGAACGUCAACGGCAACUACGGCGCCAACCCCAACUACCCCUCCACCUUCCGCCCCUACCGCUACCAGCCCGUCAAGGCCAGCCAGGAGCACGAGAAGUGGACGGGCUCGAUUGUCACGGAGCAGCUCCCCAUCACCGACGACGAUUAUGCCCAGGCAAACGGUCUCUGGCAGGUCCUCGGCCGCCAGCCCGGUCAGCAAGACAACUUUGUCCACAACGUCGCUUCCCAUCUCUCGGCUGCCCACGAGCGCGUUCGCCAGGCCACCUAUGCCAUGUUCAAGAAGGUCAACCCCGACCUCGGUGCCCGCAUCGAGAAGUCGACGGAGGCCAAGGCCACUGGUGUCAAGUCUGCCCGUCUAUGAAUCAAAAUUCGCUUUCUUUUGGCCUUUCUUACUGCCCCAGCAAAAGAGCCCACGAAAGUCGCCCACUCCAUUUAGCGAUGAUCCAGCCUGUGUGUCUUUUUCCUCUGUAAAUGUGACAGAAGCACCCUCACGAAGUUCCUCGAUCUGAAAUGAUACCUUUGACAAUUCUCUUUUAGCUUUGCGUCUCGUAUUUCUUUCA